ACACAGUUAAAUAAACAAAAAAGGUAUUCUUACAUCAACAAUAAGACUUAAAAAUAUUUAUUUUUUCAAUUAAUAACAACUAUGGAAGCUAGUCUUAAACCAGUAACCCCAUCUUUUUUCAAGAAUAUAUUGAAUAGUUUUCAUUUCCAAUAUUAUAAAAGGUCUUUAGCCCAUUGCAAAUUUAUCGGUGAAUUAUUCAAACAAGGGGCUUUUACCGAAAAAAAUAUAUUGUCGUUCAUUCACGAAUUGAUGAAAGUAAAAGAUAUUCUGAAUAUUCAUUGCUUAUGUAUAAUAUUACAAAUAGCAGGACAAAAAUUAUCAAAAACUCAUAAUUUGGACGGUAUAGUACAUCAUAUUUUAUUAUUUAAAAAUGAAAACACUGUCCUCAUAAAAAUGUCACCAACUCUUCAGUCUUUGAUAUUCAAAAUACAAAACUUGCAUUUAAAAUGUUGGAUACAUGAAGAACCUCUUAAGUUAAUUGAGGACAAUGAACAAUAUAUUUCCUUUGAAAAUUUGCCGGAGCAAUUAAAACAACUAUAUGAUCUUAAAUCAUAUACAGUAAUGGCCCAAUGUAUUAUUGAUGAAUGUAUGGCUGUUCUUAACGGUUUUGACAAGAUAAAUAUCAAUGAAAUAGUACAUUCGUUAAAAUAUAUCAACUCGUGGCUACAUUACGAUCAAGUGUCAUUCGUUGCUUCUAUGAUACUUAUAACACUAAACGAAGACCAAAGUAUUCGCCAAAAGGCUGGUAUACUUUUAAACUUAUUUAUUAAGAAAGGCUUGUUAUUAAUUGAUUCGGUUUUAUCGGGAAUUGACAAAAUAAUGGAUGACUCAGAAUUGAAAAUAGAACUUCCAAGAUUAUCAGAUUUAUUAUUUGACAUCACUAGUAGGAUUACAUAUCUGAAUUAAUUUUGUAUAACUUAAUUUAUACUGUUUUGUAUUGUAUA